AUGGCUCAGUCGGGGCACGGCGGUUACGGAGCUCCUCCGCCGCGGCCGGGUCCUUACGGGAGUCCUUUUGCGGCUCUGAUCCCGUCGGCGUUUCCUCCGGGUACGGAUCCGAACAUCGUGGCUUGCUUCCAGGCGGCGGAUCAGGACGGGAGUGGGUUCAUCGACGAUAAGGAGCUUCAGAGGGCUCUUUCUUCGUAUAAUCAGAGCUUCAGCUUGAGAACUGUUCACCUUCUGAUGUAUCUAUUCACCAACAGCAACGCCAGGAAGAUCGGGCCGAAGGAGUUCACUUCUCUGUUUUACAGUCUUCAGAACUGGAGGUCCAUUUUCGAGAGAUUUGAUAAGGACAGGAGCGGUAGGAUAGACACGAACGAGCUGAGAGAUGCACUCUUGAGCCUUGGAUUUUCUGUCUCUCCUGUGGUUUUGGAUCUGCUGGUGUCCAAGUUUGACAAAAGUGGAGGAAGGAACAGAGCCAUAGAAUAUGAUAACUUCAUCGAAUGCUGCUUGACUGUCAAGGGACUAACAGAGAAGUUCAAGGAGAAAGACACCGCAUACUCUGGCUCCGCUACUUUCACUUACGAAGCCUUCAUGCUUACCGUUCUUCCGUUCCUCAUCGCCUAAAGGUUUCACUUUCAGGUCCUACAUUGUUUUCUUGGGUUUUCUUUCGAUGUUUUCUUUAGCGUGGGAAUGAUCUGAUGUAGAAUAUAGAAAUGAGUAAAAUUCUGCCAUGUUCAGUUGAAUUCUUUCUUGGUUGCUUGCUUUCCUUCUUGGUAAAAGAUCUGGGUGAUGGUUUUGUAAGUUUCCACGCUGUGUCAUACCCUCUAGAGGGUUCUUUGAAGUCGGUUUCUUGGAUUUGAGUCAA